GUGGCCGAUAGUGGUCUUAUCUCAAGCGACUGCGCUGCGCGCUGCGGCAGCGGUGCGCCUGCGCACUGUGCUGGUCUCCAUGGCGGGGCCUCGGAGCCAAGACGAGAAAAAAAUGCUGCUGUGAAGACAUAAUUACAGUUUUCACAUAAAUGAAGCACAGCUAUCAUAAUUCAGUGCACCAAAAAGGAAGAACUUCAAUGGAAAAGAGUGCAUUUCUGGGGAUAAUAGAAUGCUUGAGGCCUGAAUUUAAACUGGAGCUGCUGCCUAAAGCUAUUAAAUAAUAGAAGAAAAUGGAACUGAAUAUGAUAUCAGCAUGGAACAGUCUAUUGAUUCACUAAGAGUCAACCAUAAUGAUUCUGAAGAGUCAAAAACAGAUUCUCAAGUAUUUCAGCACCUAACCUGUAUGGAUUCCAAGGAUGCUUCCAUUGGACAAAAUGGUUCUCCUAGAGUUUUACCCAUCACCACUCAUGAAGCAGAUAAUUCACUCACAUCACGGAAUAUACCAGGGCCCCUGACUCAGACACAGACUCUUUCUGCAGAGCAAUUUCACCUAGUGGACCAAAAUGGGCAACCUAUUCAAUAUGAGCUUCAGUCAUUGGGGGAUUCUAAUGCACAAAUGAUGAUUGUUGCCAGCCCAUCAGAAAAUGGACAGGUGCUGCGUGUAAUUCCAUCUACCCAGACAGGAUUGACCCAAGUGAUUAUACCUCAGGGGCAGCUUGUGGAUGUCAGUAGUCCUCAGGAUGUCUCUGAAGAGAAACCCAGUGAUAGAAACUUACCAGCUGUAAGAGUGGAUGCUCUAGCAGACAAUAACAGUGGUUACGUUCUUCAUCCACAAGCAUCCCUCACAUUGUCCAAAAAGACGGUGACCAGAAUGCUUGAAGAACCCUUUUUGGCUCCACUUCAGCCACUUUCUUCUAACACACCUAUCUGGGCCUGUCGUCUUAGGAGCUGUGAGAAAAUUGGAGAUUCAUACCGUGGCUACUGUGUAAGUGAGACUGAAUUAGAAAGUGUCCUAACAUUUCAUAAGCAGCAAACACAGAGUGUUUGGGGGACUCGCCAAUCUCCGAGCCCAGCCAAGCCGGCUACACGCUUGAUGUGGAAAUCCCAGUAUGUCCCAUAUGAUGGAAUUCCAUUUGUCAAUGCAGGGAGUAGAGCUGUGGUAAUGGAAUGUCAGUAUGGGCCAAGGAGAAAAGGUUUCCAGUUAAAAAAAAUCAGUGAACAGGAAAGCAGAUCUUGUCAGCUCUACAAAGCUACUUGUCCAGCUCGGAUUUACAUUAAAAAGGUACAGAAAUUUCCUGAAUAUAGAGUUCCUACAGAUCCCAAAAUUGACAGGAAAAUAAUCCGAAUGGAGCAGGAGAAAGCCUUUAACAUGCUAAAGAAGAACUUGGUAGAUGCUCCCGGUGUUCUUAGAUGGUAUGUACAGUUACCUACGCAGCAAGCUCAUCAGUAUCACGAAUUAGAGACUCCCUGCCUCCCUCUGUCACCUUCCCCUUUUCCUAUGUCUUCUCUUGAAGAAGAGGAAAGUGCAGUUAGAGAUGAGAAUUGUGCAUUACCCUCACGUCUGCAUCCUCAAGUAGCACAUAAAAUUCAAGAAUUAGUAUCACAGGGAAUAGAACAAGUGUAUGCAGUAAGAAAACAGCUAAGAAAAUUUGUGGAAAGGGAACUGUUCAAACCUGAUGAGGUACCUGAAAGACAUAAUUUAUCCUUUUUUCCAACUGUAAAUGAUAUAAAAAAUCACAUCCAUGAGGUACAGAAAUCCUUGAGAAAUGGAGAUAAUGUAUAUAACUCAGAGAUUAUUCCAGCAACGCUUCAAUGGACUACAGAUAGUGGGAAUAUUCUCAGAGAGACUGUAACAGUUACAUUUGCAGAAGGAAAUUCACCAGGAGAAUCAAUUUCCCCCAAAGUGGAAACAAAUCAAACAAAGGAUUCUUUGUCUCCAGAACCAACCCACUUGCUCUCCUCACUUUCCGCAUUUCAGCCAAAAAUAUUCACACAACUACAGGACCAGAUCAAAAUCUGGUUGCCGUGGAUCAGCUGGUGGAAGUUGGAGAUGAUGAGGAUACAGAGAAUCUGGAAAGAAGUGUUCAUCGGAUUCUGUUGGGAAAUGUGCAGACCAUUCCAGUACAGAUUAUAGACAGCCACUCAGCUCUUAUUGAAGAAAAUCCAGAAGGUACCAUUUCUGUGAACCAAGUUAAGCAAGAACCCAAAGAACCAGGAUUGUCUAUGGAAGCAAAAAAAAAUUUGGACUGUAAGAAAUUGUCUGCUACAUAAAUUAUUGAAGCUUUUCAGAAUUUACAACAUCGGUGACUUCUGAUGUUAUAGAAAAGAAGGUGAAUAUUGUCAAAGAGCAGUAUUGUGAUAAGUGGACUGAAGACUGAUUCAAUGAGCAGCUUUAAUUUAAAACUGAUAUAUUUGUUGCCAAUUCCCUAUUUUUACGUUGAGAUAUUUUAUUUCUUUUAUUUUGUAUAAUUCUUAUGUUUUCUGAGUAUCUAAUAAGGCCAGUAUUUCAAAAGAUCAUCUGAAAUUAUCCAUGGCAAUAUAGUCUGAACUCAAAAUUUAUCUAACUCAUCCUCUGAAAAGAUCUAAUUUUGGUUCUUAAAAAAAAUAACAAAAACAGUGUGCGAGUGUACAUGUGUGUGUGAUGACUUUUUUUAAGUUCUGAAAGAACUUACUCCUCCUUUAAAGUUGUGAAGAAAAAUUUUAAAUUGACAGGCAAAUGAGAGAAUAUCUGUAGUCUGCCUCUUUUGGAAAGAAAAACAAUAGAUUUUACAUCAUAACAUGAAGUCCAGCAUUCACAUCUGUGAAAACUAUGUCAUUGCAUUUUAGCUUCUUCCAUUCUAAUUUUUAUACUUCUAACUACAAACCAAUAGCAUACCAACGGUCAUCUGGUAGAAAUUUAGUGUCUUUGUAAAUACUGAGAAUUUUAACUUGAAUUAAUCAGCCAAACAAGAGAAAUAUAUGUACAUUGCAUGGUUUUAUAUACAGUAUUGUAGGUAAAAUACUACUUAUGAGUAAAAAAAUAUAGAAAUUGAGCAGAUUCAGAAAGAACAGUAGAAUUCCCUGAUGUUUACAGAUAAUUUGGGGGAACUUUUUGAUAUAAGUAGAGGAUUUUUUUCCUAUUUUAUAUUGAAGAUUUAACUCUGGUUAGAAAAGAAUUUGAGUUAUUUUUAUUUUUCCAUGCCAGAGUUCCUAAUGAAUUGAUGUUAUUAGAAUUUAUAGUAUUUCAAGGUAAGGUUUUAAGUUUAAAAUUUAGCUCAUAUUUAAAACUUUAUAACAACUGAUGUGUUAUAUUUGCUUGUUGAGUAAGUAUAUUUACAUCAAAUACUGAGUAAGUACUAAUCAGUAUAUUCAUUAUAAGCUUCUGUUUUCUGAAAGGUUGGGAAACUAGAAAUGUCAAUUAUAACUUUCAAGAAACCAACCUAAAGGCUCCCCCCUUCCCCUGCCAGAGAUCUUUUGUGGGUUUAUUUACAUUUUUACUUGAAAAUAAUAAGGAUUUCAAAUGAGUAUUAGUGUUAAAUAUUCAAAGCAUGCAGAAUAUAAUAUGAAAUUCAACCUUAAGUGAAUAUGAAUCUUUUUCAAGUAUAUUUACUUCAAAUACUGAAUAAGUAUUAAUCAGUAUAUUCAUUAUAAGCUACUGUUUUCUGGAAGGUUGGUAAGCUAGAAAUGUCAAUUAUAUCUGUCAAGAUCAACCUAAAGGCUUUUUUUUCUCCCAAAGAUCAUUUGUGAGUAUAUUUAAAUUUUUAUUUAAAAGUAAUAAGGAUUUCAAAUGGAUAUUAAUGUUUAAUAUUUAAAGUGUGCAGCAUAUAAUAUAAAAUUUAACAUUAAUACUUUACAUGAAUAUAAAUCUUUUUGGCUUUUCUAAGUCCAAUCUCCCAUUCUUAAUUCACUUUAAUUGUAUCAGGUACACAACAUGUAUCUGUGAGUACAUGUUGUAUUAGAAGUGGAUGGAAUUCUAAAAUUCCUUACUCUUUAGACUUAUACCCUAUUUAACAUAAAAUUCACUAUUUAUACCUCUAUUUAAUGCAAAGUUGAUAUUCAGUUACCUAUAUGAUUUUUUAAUAAGAAUUGCUUUUCCCCUCUAAGAAUUGAUAAUAUUUGAUGUCAGCGUUUAUAGAGGCACACUGCCAAAUCUAUGUUAUGCUUAGUUAAACACAACUCUGAGUUACCUCAAACCCAGAUUUCUCUUAGUCUGUAUAUUCUUAAAGGAAGUUAAGUCCAAAUUAAUUUAUGUUUUGUGUUGCAUUGUGGGUAAUAUUUUCAUUUGUUAUUUCUAGUUUUUAUGGAAAAUUUUUUCAAGAUUUUAAGUAACAGAUAUUCAUCUUUCUAUGAUGAUAAUAAUUUGUUAUUAAAUAUUUCACCAAUUGAACUAUAUUCCUUUGGAGACAUUCCUUGCUUUUUGAUGUUGAGUUGCUAAGGAGAAAUGCUUGUUAAGAUGCAAAUGCUAGUCAGUUACCUAUGAGGAUGAGAGAUGUCAGAGGAUCCAGACUUUGGCAGUUGAUCAAGAACAAAACAUAGUUUAAAAAUAUUUCUCAGUUCAUUUAAUGUGAAUGUCUCUUCUGAUACUGUUUCUUUUUAAUUGAGAAGACAGAAAGUUACAGUGCAUCUUCCCCACAAUCAAAAAAGCAAUAGAGAAAAAAAAAGGAUGAAGGAAGGUUUAAAUCCCUAAUUGUAUACUCUUUUGGUUUUUAGGUAGAAACUGGAACUAUCAAUAUUUUCAUGUAAGUAUUUCAAUGAGUAGCUCUUUAAAAAUGGUUUCUAAAUUAGUUUUAAAAGAUUCAUUUGUCCUCGAAUGCCUGUUCAGUCACAAUAUAUCAGUAUUGUAUUUUAAAGAUGCUUAGUAUUGCUUUUUUAAAAGUAUGUUUACACAUUU